CGAAAACAUAGCGACAACUUCUCACCCGACAUCCCAGGGCCAUCUUUCAUCCUCUUCGGCAACCUCUCCCAAGAUGGUCCGUUACGCUGCUCAGGAAAUUUCGUCCGCCAAGAGCGCCCGCGCCCGGGGCUCUUACCUGCGUGUUAGCUUCAAGAACACCCGCGAGACCGCUCAGGCUAUCAAUGGCAUGAAGCUCGAGCGCGCUCUUACUUUCCUCGAGAACGUCACCAACAAGGCUGAGGCCGUCCCUAUGAGGAGGUAUGCUGGUAGCACUGGUCGCACUGCUCAGGGAAAGCAGUGGGGUGUCAGCAAGGCCCGCUGGCCCGUUAAGUCUGCCAACUUCCUCAUUGACCUCCUCAAGAACGCCGAGUCCAACGCCGACAGCAAGGGUCUCGACACCGCCAACCUCAUUGUCAAGCACAUCCAGGUCAACCAGGCUCCUAAGGGACGGAGACGCACCUACCGUGCCCAUGGUCGUAUUAACCCUUACAUGACCAACCCCUGCCAUAUCGAGCUCAUCCUUACCGAGGGUAACGAGGAGGUCAAGAAGGGCCCCGUUGUCGCCAAGCGCGAGACUGGCCACCUUACCUCCAGGCAGCGUGGCACUCAGAUCCGCCGUGCUAUCACCGAAGCAUAAGCAGAUUGCAGUUGUCGGGGUAGGGGUUGUUAGGAAGAUGGGAGGCCGGAGUUUCUACAUUUAUUUUUUUUGCAGCUGUAUGCAACAAAUACCUGGUCACGGAAGGCAGAUACACUGAAAUGAAAAAAUACCACUCGGGAAGACAAGUGGUCGAAUUAUGAUGGAUAAUAAAUAGUGGUCCCCCAAACCUUCUACUUUAUUCGCUACUUUAUUCGGUUCAGAUUCCGGGAAAUUUCCCAUUUACUCUAUGAAUCCAAGGCGCAGCACCAGGGAGAAAAGAAAAAAAAGUGGAGGAACGGCCGGGCCAAGGUAGAGGAAGCGAUAAAUGAAAUUCUCGAAUGAGCGCUACAACUGUGCACGGCAAAUGACAUGGUAUUUGUCGGCCAUUUGAAAAGAUCUAUCGGUAGAAUUAAGCGUCUUGUAAGAAUAGCACUGGCUAGGACCAGGGAGACUUCCUGCUGAAUGUAAGAGCCAUGCAAUAUGAAGAGCUCUCAUGUACCUC